UUAGGGUUUUGUUUCGCAAUUUUCAAUUAAUUUUACACUAAACAUGUAAAACAUACUUACUCAUUAGAUUUUUGGUUUGUUGUUGUUGAAAUUUGUCGAGAUUGUGCAAUUUCGUCUCUUAUGUCGGACAUUUUAGACAAUUUUACUUGCUAAUUGCAUGUACGAAAAUGGAGUAGAGAGAGAAAAUGGAGGUUGAGUGAGAAAUUGGAGAAAGAGGAUGAGAAAGAAAAAUGUGAUUAUUUGAAAAGUUUUUUUUUUUUUUUAAUUAUAUAUAUAUGGGUGGGGUAGUGGGAAGUUACUGGCAGUUUUAGAGGGAAGUUACUGGAAUGUGUGGGGGUAGUGGUACGGCGUCGUUUAGGGGGGGUGUAGGGAUAAAUGGCUAAACUAGAGUCUAGCCAUAAACAAUUACAUUAAUUUCCAUAUUGGACAUGAACACUUCUCUCUUUUGGGCUUUUAUAUUGGGCUUUCUAUAAACUAACAGUCCAUUCAAAUGAUUAAAUUUUAAAAUAAUUAUUUUUUGUUGGAAAUAUAAAACCCCAAAUUGAAGCAAGGAAUCCUGCAUCACUGUCACCAGAAACAGAGAUUCCAGUGAACUCUCAACUUCUACUUCGUAACUCCGACCUUCAACAAUGGCGGAUUCUAACCCUACUUCUUCCCAGAACAAUUCCUCCACUAAUUCAUCUUCAACAACAGAUAAAGCGCCGAAAAAACCCUCCGAACCCCCAAUUUCAUCGUUAAUUAAAGCUUAUUGGAUUCCCGCGACGCUUUUCAUUCUCUUCUUCGUCUUUCAAAUCUUCUUUCUUCCUAGCGCUUUCCCCCCUUCUCAUUACGAAGUUCUUGGAAUCAGUAGACUUAGUUCGAUUGAAGAAGUGAAAGAGGCUUAUGAUAAUUUAGCUUCCAACUGGAAAUCAGGUGCCAAACCCCCCACAACUAAUGAUUUUAUCAAGAUUCGAUAUGCUUAUGAGUUGCUGACUGAUCCAUUAUGGAAGAGAGACUAUGACCUAUUUAGCAUUGAUGAGCAUCAACAUGUUCUGGAAAACAUUUUGCAGCUGAAUUCUAAUAAGGUGUACUCCUCAGUGAACCUUCCUUUACUUGUUGGUUCCACAGACUCUCAUGAUAUUGAUUUUGAAUCCAUUACUUCUGGUGAUAUCCAGUCAAUUGUAGGGGAGAGGCCUUGGUUAAUGCAGGUAUAUUCAAAUGGGAGCAAUUUAUGCAAACAAUUUUCAAGCAAAUGGAAGAAAAUUGCUACUUUGCUGGGUGAGAUUGCUGAUACUGGUGUAGUGGAGCUUGGGGAAAUCAAACUUGCCUCUCAACUUGCAGAGAAGAAAACAACAGGGCAACUUUUCUUCCGAAAUGGUCUUCCUUCUUUGAUUGCAUUUCCUCAAGGGUGUAAAAGUUCCAGCUGUCUUAUUAGGUAUGAAGGAGAUCUCUCGGUUGAUGCAGUUACAGAUUGGUUUGCAGUAAUGAUACUGAAGUUACCUCGCAUUCCUUAUUACACAAAGGACACAUUGGGACCAAGAUUUCUGGCUAAGAGUAGUUAUAAUAAGGUAAAAGUCAUGUUCUUCUCGGACACAGGGAUGCGUGCAACACCAUUCAUUCGUCAAACUGCCAGGAAUUAUCAGGAUUAUGCUUCCUUUGCAUGUGUUCUUUGGAGGGAAGAGGAAUUUUCCUAUUGGUCAUCUAUAUAUGAUGUGGAAUCAGCUCCGGCCACUGUCUUUUUGAGGGAUCCAGGCACUAAACCUUUGGUGUUAUAUGGGGCUGUAAACAGUUCAUGGUUUGUGGAUGUAAUGGAAGAUAAUAGACUGCACGAGCUUCCACAAUUGAGGACCAUGACAUCAGUGGAGUUGGGUUGCGAUUCACGUGGCUAUUCCCGAGCAGGGACAAGUACUACGAUUUGGUAUUGUGUCGUCGUUAUUGGAAGGCCAAGCCCAGAAAUGAAUGAAAUGCGUGAGGUUCUGCGCAGGGCCCAACAAACUUUAUCAGAAAAGAGCUAUCAGGAUGUUGCACCCCAUUCCAACGAGUUGGCAGCACAUGCAGCCAUUGCACUUAAAGACAAGCGAUUAACUUUAACUUGGAUGGAUGGAGAGGUACAAAAGAAUUUGUGCAUGUUCUACAUUGGUGGUGAGCUUAGCUUGGAAUGUUGUGGUCCAAGAAGAGGCAUUGAAGAUGCUCCUCAGGUUGUUAUGGUGCGUUACAUGAGAAAUGAUUCCGUUGAAGAUCCUAAGGAUAAAAGAUCCCCCUCAAGUUUACUGGACAGUCUUAAAGAUGAUGUAGAUCCUGUAUCUCAACUGGUAGCACGAUACAAUGGCUCUGCUGAGCCUUUACAGAUUAUUGAAUGGAUUUCGAAGAAUAUCAAAGAUGGUGACUCUGCAAAACUUCCUUUCUAUAGAACAAACACACCUGAGCUUGUUCCCGAGAACUCUGAUCCCCUUUGGUUCGUUAGUGGUGAAAAAUUUCUUUCCACUAGAAAUGGAAUGAAACAUAAACUUUGGAGAGUCAUAGCUUGGUGUCGUGAUCUUUCUGGUGAUCCAAGGAUUGGUCCAUUGUUACUUCUUGGAGCAUUAUUGUCAUUUGGUGGAAUAUGGCUCCAUCGCAGUCAGCCAACUCCAUCAAGUGACUCAAGUCAGUGGCAACAAGCCCAUACCAAGAAAAAGAUCCCUAAAGAGUGGAGAAAUCGGAGAAGGAACAGUGUAACCGGAGAAAUUCCUCCUUCAAUAACUGAUGUGGAACCGAAAGAUGCUUAUCAAAUGGAAUUUUCAGAUUCAGACUCUGAAGAGAAUCACAAUAAUUAGCACCAAUCUUGGAAGAUCGGUUGCCAGGAGUAUUUAAUUUUUCUAGUUAGGCAGUAUGCAUCUGGGCCAUGAUUACUGAUUGUCAAAAAUUGGUGUAAAUGAAUUAAGUUAUCCGCUUAUAUAGUAAAAAAUCUCUAGCGAGAGAAAGACCUUUAGUGAGAGAAUCCUCUCUAUUUUCUUUUCGAGUUUAGCCUACUUUAUUUUGCUUUCUAUCUCUUUCACUGUUUGUUCAACUAAGUUCAUAGUCAUGCCGCAGUAUAUUCAA